AUGCCCAUCCGCCUCAGGGCGAAACCGCUGGCCACGCGAGACAUGAGCCCGGUCUCGGUCCGCCUCGAGUUUGACUUGCCCGAGAUUGAAGACGACGACUCGUUUCGCCAGGUUGCCACCAAGCUUUCCGUCUACUUCGUGGAUGCCAUUGAGCUCCCCAGCACCUUCGAGCAGCUUAGAACGACUCCCGCCGGCAACUGCGUCCGCGUCCUCGUCGACCACCUCAAGGCGACUUGCAGAAACCCGGCCACGGUUCACGCUCUGCUCGCGCUCAAGUGGCAUUAUGCCGCCGAUCAAGAGCAUAGGGGCCUCAGCGAGACCCGCUCCGGGGCCUGCGAGAUUGUCGCCUGGCGCUUACUUGCCCGCCUCUCGGAGCGAGAAGCCAUGGACUUUUGCCUCUACGAGAUACCCGACGCCGAAGACGAUGACGCCAACGAUGUCACAAGCCCCCAGCCACAGCAGCCGCGCUCGUACGACCAAGAGGCGGCCGAAACGUCGCCCUUGCUUCCCCCCGGCAGUUCCUCCAAAAAAGCAAAAAUGGAGAACUCCCUCGCUCGCUUGACAAACGACGACGAGGACGCGUCCGACGAUGCUGACCCGACGUCGGCCUUCAGGGGCCUCAACGCCCUCGAGAUUGCCGCCAUUGCAAACGCAAAGCGCUUCCUCAGCCAGCAUCCCGUGCAGAGAAUCGUCAGCGGCAUCUGGAACGGCGACAUCAUCUUCUGGGACUCCCUGUCCGUCCGCACAACCAAGGGGCACACCUUCUACGACCCCGAGACGUCAGACCCCUUCUCUCGCCUGCGCGUCCCCAAGUAUCUCAAGAGCUGGGAAGUGCUCUUCUUCGCCAUCUUCCUGUGCCUCUACUACGCCGUCCUGGUGGCCCGAGUCGAGACACACAUCACUGCCACCGAAAUCACUCUCUUCAUAUGGAUAGCAGCCUUUGCCUACGACGAGUUGAGCGAGUGGAUGGAUGCCGGCUCCAUAUUCUACGCAACCGACAUUUGGAACUUGUUUGACAUGAUCAUGAUCCUCAUUGGCUUCAUUUUCGCCACGCUGCGAAUCGUCGGCCAGGUUCAGCAUGAUCCCAAGAUCAUCGGCCUCUCGUUCGAUGUUUUGUCGCUCGAGGCGCUCUUCAUGAUGCCGCGCAUCUGCUCCAUACUGAGUCUGAGCCCCUACUGGGGAACCCUGAUUCCCUGUCUCAAGGAGAUGGGCAAAGACUUUAUCAAGUUCAUGGUUCUCGUCGUCAUCAUCUAUCUGGGCUUCUUGACCACAUUUUCCCUCGUAGGGCGGGACUCCUUCAACCUUUCCAAGAUGACGGGCAUCCUCACUCGCAUCUUUUUCGGGUCGAGUUACGUCGGCCUCGACAUCAUGAGCGACAUUGACCCCUUUUUUGGGCCUCCGCUCAUGAUCAUCUUUGUCACAUUGACCUCGAUUCUGCUGACCGGAUCCCUGACCGGUAUGCUCUCCAACAGCUUCUCUCGUGUCAUCACGCAUGCCAAGGAGGAGUAUCUCUACGUGUACAGUGUCUACGUCAUGGAGGCAUGCACCAGCAACAGGCUCACCCAUUUCUAUCCGCCCUUUAACCUCAUCGCGCUCGUCAUCUUCCGUCCGCUGCGCCUCGUCUUCUCCAGGGACGAAAAAUUCCGCGCAGGCCGCAUUGUCCUGCUGAAAGUCACUCAUCUUCCUAUUGUGGCAGCCAUCAAGCUCUACGAGCUCUUUCGGCGAAAGUUUAGUAAUGACAAGCCAACCUCUGGGCACAGCCGGCAUCACCAGUGGCAGCCUGUCCGAGACAUGAAUGCAUUGAGACCCGAUGACAAGAGAGACGACGACGACGUGGAGGCGCCCACCGGGAUAGAGGUUCAAGUCGCAGAGAUGAACCGGAAAAUUGACAAGCUCACGUCUGCCGUCCUGGCUUUACAGGCCAAUAAAAACAGCACUGGAGCUGGCGCAGCACCAUGA